AUGGAACUAGAGCCCACUCUUUUUGGUAUAAUAGAGGCAUUGGCUCCUCAAUUAUUGUCGCAGAGUCAUUUGCAGACAUUUGUAUCUGAUGUAGUCAAUUUACUGCGAUCAUCCACCAAAUCGGCAACUCAAUUAGGCCCUUUAAUUGAUUUUUACAAAUUACAAUCACUAGAUUCGCCUGAAACAACAAUUAUGUGGCAUAAAAUUGAGAAAUUUCUCGAUGCUUUAUUUGGAAUCCAGAACACCGAUGAUAUGGUAAAGUACCUCUCUGUCUUUCAAUCUUUGCUUCCAUCAAAUUACAGAGCAAAAAUUGUCCAAAAAUCAUCUGGGCUCAAUAUGGAGAACCUUGCUAACCAUGAACAUUUACUUAGCCCAGUGCGGGCUCCAAGUAUAUAUACAGAAGCUUCAUUUGAAAACAUGGACCGAUUUUCUGAAAGAAGGUCCAUGGUAUCUUCGCCUAAUCGUUACGUUCCCUCUUCAACCUACAGUUCUGUUACUUUGAGACAGUUGUCAAAUCCUUAUUAUGUGAACACUAUACCCGAGGAAGAUAUCCUAAAAUACGUAUCAUAUACAUUAUUAGCUACGACAUCGGCACUAUUUCCGUUUGAUCAUGAGCAAAUACAAAUUCCGUCUAAGAUACCCAAUUUUGAGAGUGGACUUUUACAUUUAAUAUUUGAAGCGGGUUUAUUAUAUCAAAGUUUGGGUUAUAAAGUGGAGAAGUUUAGGAUGUUGAAUAUAUCUCCAAUGAAAAAAGCAUUGAUUAUAGAAAUUUCAGAAGAAUUACAAAACUACACAGCAUUUGUGAACAAUCUGGUCUCUUCAGGGACAGUAGUGUCAUUGAAAUCGUUAUAUCGUGAAAUAUAUGAAAAUAUAAUAAGGCUUCGAAUAUACUGUAGGUUUACAGAACACCUUGAAGAAUUGAGCGGAGAUACAUUCUUGAUUGAAUUAAAUAUUUUCAAAUCCCACGGAGAUCUUACUAUAAGAAAAAUAGCAACGAAUUUGUUUAAUUCAAUGAUUUCUCUUUAUUAUGAGUAUUUAAUGAAUUGGUUGACUAAAGGUCUACUCCGAGCUACUUAUGGAGAAUUCUUCAUUGCUGAAAACACUGAUACAAAUGGUACAGACGAUGAUUUUAUUUACCACAUUCCUAUAGAGUUCAACCAAGAAAGAGUUCCGGCCUUCAUACCGAAAGAGUUGGCAUAUAAAAUAUUCAUGAUCGGCAAAUCGUAUAUCUUCCUAGAAAAGUACUGUAAAGAGGUUCAAUGGACAAACGAAUUUUCUAAAAAGUAUCAUGUCCUGUACCAGAGCAAUUCUUAUCGGGGAAUAUCAACGAACUUUUUUGAAAUUAUAAAUGAUCAAUAUUCUGAAAUUGUUAAUCAUACUAAUCAAAUUCUAAAUCAGAAGUUUCAUUACAGAGACGUGGUAUUUGCGUUAAAGAAUAUUCUUCUCAUGGGUAAAUCUGAUUUUAUGGAUGCUCUUAUAGAAAAGGCCAAUGAUAUUCUCGCGACACCAUCGGAUUCAUUGCCAAAUUAUAAGUUAACAAGGGUUUUACAGGAAGCCGUGCAGCUUUCUUCCUUAAGACAUUUAAUGAAUAGUCCCCGUAAUAGUUCUGUCAUUAAUGGAUUGGAUGCGAGGGUACUCGAUCUUGGACAUGGAUCCGUGGGUUGGGAUGUUUUUACUUUAGAUUACAUCCUCUACCCCCCUUUGAGUUUAGUAUUAAACGUAAAUCGUCCUUUUGGCAGGAAAGAGUAUCUACGAAUUUUCAAUUUUUUAUGGAGAUUUAAAAAGAACAAUUAUUUCUAUCAAAAGGAAAUGUUGAAGAGUAAUGAUAUAAUCAGAUCAUUCAAGAAAAUCAGAGGUUACAACCCGCUCAUCCGUGAUAUUAUCAAUAAACUUUCUAGAAUCAGUAUACUUAGAACUCAAUUCCAGCAAUUCAACUCGAAGAUGGAAUCUUAUUAUUUGAACUGCAUUAUAGAGGAAAAUUUUAAAGAAAUGACCCGGAAACUGCAACGCACAGAGAAUAAAAGCCAAAACCAAUUCGACUUAAUUAGAUUAAAUAAUGGCACCAUAGAAUUAAAUGGGAUUUUAACCCCAAAAGCUGAAGUACUAACAAAGUCUUCAAGCAGUAAACCCCAAAAACACGCAAUCGAAAAGACGCUGAAUAUUGAUGAAUUAGAAAGUGUACAUAACACGUUCUUGACGAAUAUUCUUUCUCAUAAGCUUUUUGCAACUAACACAAGUGAAAUAAGCGUUGGUGAUUAUUCUGGGCAACCAUACCCAACUUCAUUGGUUUUACUUUUAAAUUCGGUUUACGAGUUCGUCAAAGUUUAUUGUAAUUUGAACGACAUUGGAUACGAAAUCUUCAUUAAAAUGAAUCUCAAUGAUCACGAAGCAUCUAACGGAUUAUUGGGAAAAUUUAAUACGAAUUUAAAGGAAAUUGUUAGCCAGUAUAAAAAUUUUAAAGACAGACUGUAUAUUUUUAGGGCAGAUUUAAAGAACGAUGGCGAUGAAGAGCUUUUCUUAUUGAGCAAAUCGCUCCGUUAA